UGUGUGUGUGUGUGUGUGUGUGUUUCCGUUUCCCUCAUCAAGCGCUCUUUCCCUUUAAACACUGCUCCUGGAUCAGUCGCUUCACACCAGCUCUAUAACACCACUAUCUUCUCCGUCCCUUUCACUGCUCCGUAUUUCUGCCUCUAGGAAUCAUGUCUGCUCCGGUUGCAGAAGGCCCCGGCGCUUCGGGUGCGGGAGGAAGCAACCGAAGGCUGCAGCAGACCCAGGCUCAGGUGGAUGAGGUGGUGGACAUCAUGCGGGUGAAUGUGGACAAAGUCCUGGAGAGAGACCAGAAGCUGUCCGAGCUGGACGACCGCGCCGACGCUCUCCAGGCCGGAGCCUCGCAGUUCGAGACAAACGCUGCCAAACUGAAGAGGAAAUACUGGUGGAAGAACUGCAAGAUGUGGGCCAUUUUGAUAGCAGUGCUCAUAAUCAUCAUCGCCAUCAUAAUCAUUUGGAGUAAUUCCUAAGCCAGCAGGAGACUCACGGAACGGCCCGACGGUUCUUAUGGAAGAGAGAAUGAAAAAAUAUAUAUAUUUCUGAAGGAUCAGCUGAUACAAUGAAGACUGAGCGAGCACGUUCUUCCUGACGUAAAGCUGUUCUAACCUGCUGAGUGUCAAAUUUUGUACAAAGAAAAAAAAUGUUUUUUUUUUUUUUUCCUUCUUUUUUAAUGUUUUGAUUUUAAUAGUUGUGAUCAGAUUGUGCAUUUGUGGGUUUUUGUUUUUUUCACGCUUGUUAAAAUUUACACACUCCAUAUCUUCACCGUUUGUGCUCAUCACAGCUGGAAUUAAGCAGUGUGGUUAAAAGCAAAAAGGGCAUGUGGGUUGAGAAGGGGUGGAGCUGAAACAUCAACAACGUCAUGAUCAAACCUGACCAGAUCUUACAAACAAGCUCCUGAUUAUAUUUAUAGCAUGAUUACAGCCUCUACAAACAACGUCAACAAAAAAAAGCAGUUUCUAAUUUUUUUGUUUAUUACUUUUUUUUUCUUUGUUCAGUCCACAAGGUCACAUGACUGAUCCGUGUAGAUCUACCUGUAGCUGUUUGUAGCUUUAAUGUUAAACUAUCUUGACCAAAACCUUCAGCUUUUUCCGAUCAACCGAGAGCUCAAGGUCUCCCUACAAUAGGAAGCUUCUUUUUUUGAAUGAAUUGUUGCCUUAACGUUUUUAGAUCCAGCGAACAAACACACCCGAGUGCCACGUUAAUCAACACUACUGCCAGCACAAAUCAAAUCCUCUGCGUGUUUACGUUUAUAUAUAAAAUAAGCCAUAUCGUAGAAUUAAUAUAGUUUAUACCUACUUGCACUGUUGUUUUCUUUCAAGCUUUCGAGCCGUCUGAUGAUCUCACCCUAACAUUUUGAUGCAUUUAAAUCCAGUUCCCUUUCCUCCGACAGCAGCAGCGUUCUCCGAGGGUUCACGCCACUUUCGGCGGCAACGAAUCACAUUUUGUUUUGUGUGUGAUUGAUUUAUUAAUUGACAUUACUGUGCAAAAGACUUGGACAAUCUGGGAAAUGUGUUUGUGUGUGUGUGUGUGUGUGUAAGAAAGAGAUGCUACUUAUCAGGACACUGUUUGUUUUUAAAACACGACGUCAUUCGUGUAAAGAUCAAAAUAAAUUCAAAUGAGUUUGUUUCUUCCAAACGUCAUCUCAACACCCCACCAACAGCACAGCGCUAGCGGGACUGUGCAGCAAAUGCACUGGUGAUAAAGUACUUGGAGGAAACUUUAUAAGUGGACCUGAUUCUCUGAUUAAAGCUUGGUCCUGUGCUAUCUAUCUAUAUAUAAUUGAGAGCUACUAUUUUUUUUUUUUUUUUGAGUUGUCUGAAUGUUUGUAUCAACCUACAGCUUUCAGUGAAGCUCGAGGGGGGGAAAAUGGAUAACUCCCCUGUGUGGGUUCCGGCACCGCGAGCAGAAGGCGACAAAUUCUAUUAUUAUUAUAUGGUUUUUGUUAGACGCAUUUUCAGUCCAAGACUUUUGCACGUUUCUGCUUUCUGAAUGUAAACCAUCAUCCAAAUCAAUUUCUAAAAAUGGCCUUGUGUGCUCUUUUUUUAAAAGGUUUCUCCUGCUAAUAAACGUGUAUUUAAUAACCUCAA